AUGGCUGCCGAUCUUGCUGAUGCGGAGGCGACCGAGGUUGAUUACAAAGAAGCGGAGGAGGCGACUGUAAAGCUCCUGCGCCCCUCGCUCCCUGCUAAGCUUCCUCUUGAAUCGGCGACAGCCCCUCCCUUUGUUUGUUUCCUCUCCUCCUUUGUAGCACCAUCACAGCUUGCUCAUCGUUUUGGUUGGUUGGAUAGCGAUCUUGGCGCGGACUUGGCUUCAAGAACCAUCGCUGCGAAGAUGAAGUUGAAGCUGGUGGUGGACAAGAAGAGGAACAAGGUGAUCUUCGCGGAGGCCCAAAAGGACUUCGUCGACCUGCUGAUCUACAUCCUCUCCCUCCCUCUAAGCGCCGUGGUGAAGUACUUGGACGCUGCAGGCCCAAGCAGCCUCGUGAAGCUGCACAGCAGCGUCGAGUCGAUGAGGGAGGCAGGGGCUCGUAGAAAGCUCUACAAUUGCAAGAACGGUCACAGGCAUGUAGUGGACAGGGUACACGAAAGCAAUUGGUGCGACUACUGUAACGAGGGUAUGGGCGAGGAAGUGGUGUUGGUUGAACGAGAAAUGGAGGCUGACUACGUGAAGGAGAUGGUCUCGUACAUGGUCGCAGACGAUCUCACGGUGUCGCCGCUGGAUUACAACUCUGUCUUCGCUGCCAUGGACGGCUUCGACCGAGCUGACGUGGUGGAGAAGGAGGUCCAAAUUGGGUCUGACGAGCAGGCUCUCGCAUUGCUGAAUGCUGCCUUGCAUUCCAAGGAACCUCUCACUAGCGUUUUCCUGAAAACUGAAGCAGCACCUACCCCCUCCCGUGAAAAGUGA